AUGCAGUUCACCAACAACCUUCUCGCCCUCCUCACCCUCCUCCCUCUUACCCUCGCCGCCCCCGAGAGUCAGCUCGAGGCCAAGUUCGAGUCCGGCGUCAGCAUCCUCGGCACCGCCGUCGUGACCACCUACUCCGGCGACGCCUGCAACGGCAGCAACGAGCAGGCCACCGUCACCAACGGCGGCUACCGCUGCUUUGCCGUUUCCAACAAGCGGUCUAUUGGCUAUAGCGGCUCUGGCUGCACCGUCACGACCUGGAGCGGCAACAACUGCCGUGGUUCCAGCUUCGUCGCCACCCGCGCAGGCUGCUACAGUGUCUUGUAUGGCUCUGUUUCUAUCCAGUGCUAG